UACAUCAAGCAGAGGCCGGUGGAGGAGUCUCAUUAUCAGGCCAUUGAUAAACUGGGGAAGUCUGAGUAUGCCACAGCCAACAGAACCCAGCGCGGCUCGGAGGAGGGCAUAUCUGGAGGUCGCAGGCGUGCAGAUGAGACGUACACGCCUCUGACCAGGAAGGGGGACGACACGUACCGUGAGCUGGAGACCAAGGGAGAUCGCCGGCGGCAGGAUCAGCUCUAUCAGG